AUGUCUUCACUGGGUUUUAUGACUAUGUUGAACAGCAUGCGCAAUGCCAACAUCAAAGUAACCAUCAACUCUGAAACAUAUGACAAGAAAGCCAUCUACCUGACAGAUGCUCGUCGCACCGGCAUAAUGCUUCGCGAUUCACGUCUCACUCUUCGCGAUCAUUCUGCCCUGACCCGCUUCGUCGUCGAAGCUGUUGGCGACAACCAAUUCAUCCUGCAAGUUCCUGCUAUGCAGAACGAUAACUGCUACGUUUUUACUGCCAAUAAGGGAGCAUUUUACGCCAAGGCUUCUCGCGAUAAGGCGCAGAGAUUCCAGUUUGAAAUUACUGAGCUUGGGAUAGAGCUAUUUUUGGAGGGCGAUCGACCUGUUGUGUUUGACGACUAUAACGAUGUUUCGAUUGGAAAGUUUGAGAAGGGGAGAUCGAACAUCCCGAUUUUGAUUCAUGAGGAUAUUUCGACCAUCUGGUUGACGCCUGCGCAAACGCAAACUACACAGGCAAGCUGGAACGUGCCGAUGUCUCAGGUUCAGCAAAUGGCGGGGGGUUCAAACAAGGACGGCUAUUUUCCUUACGGCCGGAUUCAAUAG